ACUGUCACUCUCAUCCGGCGGACCAAUCCCGUGCUCCAAAAUUGUGACGUCACCAGCAUCGCAUCCAAUAGCAGCGCUCGUGAUUCCGGAAGCCCUAUCAACAGGAACAGUUGUUGUUGUCGAGACCAAUUACUCAACAUUUGAGGCGGAAGGUUGGAUGGGUAAAAUCAUCAACUGUAGCGAGGUAGGGGCGAGGGAGAGAGGCGGCACGAGAAGCGGCGGGACACUGGCAGAGAGGGCGGGGAGCGAGCAGGACGCGCCACCACCGCCGCCAGAGUCUGCUGCGGCUCGCUGGCUGCCGUGACUGACUGGCCUACACGUGCCGCCUCGCCAGGGCUAACUCCCAGUUCCUGGCUGCACCCCGACCAUUGUGAACGUGUCCUCGGGUUCCCUUUUACCAACUUCGUAACUGAAAGGCGUCGCCUCAUGUGCUCCCCACCGCCCAUCCGCCAAAGAACACCUGUGAUAGAUGGUGAUAAGCCAGUGAAAACGUGUCAUGCACUGCAGUGAUUGAGUGAGGGACGCACUGUGCGGCUGACAAGGUGACAUUCUUCUUCACCAUUAUUGCAAAGGAACACGAACGGAAGCUGACGACCUGGGAUCAUUUUUUACUAGUGCGUUGAAAUUGCCCAGCAAGUUGUGUCCGGAACUCCCAUAACGAUUGUCAUCCCUUACGAAUGUCAAAAUAGUGGAGAAAGUCAAUGACAUAUCAUCAAAGUCAACUACGAAUUGGUGAAGCACUUGUGAAAAGAGUUAAUAAAACGAGGACGCAGUGAGACAGCAAUGCAGUGAAAGGAUUUAGUAUUUAAAUAUCUCAAGCCAAAACAGUGACUCCCAAGAUGAAUGAGACAUAAGAGCGCCAGCCAGCACCCCGCAACCAUGGAGGGGGAGAAGGUGCAGACGGAGGCCAACGAGUUGAAGUGUGAUGUUUGCGGGAGGGAGUUCGACCGACGGUCACGCCUUGAAGCCCACUACAAGACCCACACCGGAGAGCGCCCCUUCUCGUGUCCCUUCUGUGGAAAAACUUUCGCCUCCAAGGGCAACUGCAACACUCAUAUGCGAGUCCACACCCGCGAGCGGCCGUACCACUGCCCUCAUUGCGAGAAGCGAUUUUCCCAGCACGGCCAGCUUGUUAUCCACAUAAGACGACACACUGGGGAGAAACCGUACGUAUGCUCGCACUGCAACAAAGGCUUUACCUGCUCAAAGGUGCUGAAGAUCCACGUGAGGACCCACACGGGUGAGAAGCCAUUCCAGUGUGAACACUGCCAGAAAGGGUUCGCCGCCUACGCCAACCUUGUUGUUCACAGGCGAAUCCACACGCGGGAGCGGCCUUAUGUUUGUCACUUGUGCGGAAGAGCCUUUGAACACUCAGGAAACCUGAGUCGUCACGUCCGCGUACACCGCGCGGAGAGCGGCGUGCGAUGUAUACCCUGCGGACAGGUGUUCUCGUGUGACAAGGACCUCAUCUCCCACACGAGCCAACACCAUCCUAACGAGCACACCCGCGACGAAGAUGUUGAUGUGGAGGGCCCUAUGGCACCCGGGGUCACCACCAUCAAUAUGCAAGACUUGGAGCCUUUCCAGCCACCCACCGCACUUCAACCAGAGCCACCGCAACAAAGUGAGCCCCAGUUCACCGUCCUCACUCCUCUUGUUCUUCCUGCUACUCCUGUUUCAAGUUCACAAACGGAGACCAUCCCGACGUCCAUGGCGCAGCCAGUGGCACCAGAGGAGGGUCCGGCGGACACAAGUUCUUGCAUUACCGUGAGUGACUGCGAGGAUUCUGGGCUGGAGUCUGGCGGCAGUGUGGGAUAUGCUACUUCCCCUGAUCAGGCGUAUGAUCGCAUUACGCACCAAUCACCUGAAACUAAUAACAGAAUGGAAGAACAACCGGCAAGGCAUACAGAACACAAGGUAUUGACAAAUUCAAAGUCUGCUCCACUUACUCGGGACGCUGCGAAGGAAUCUCAGGUCACCACGUUACCGUCUGAACCGCCGACCACUGCUGCUCCGACUUUCAGAAUGCCUCCCAAGAAGCAGCAGUAUCUUGGCACGCGCUCCCCACUCAAUGCACUGAGGACAGCGUUAUCCUCGCAGCCUUCCCAGCCGCAGGAGGCGCCCGUCCCUGUCAUCUCAUCGGCCGGCCAGCAUUUAACUAUCACGACGCCCCCGACAAUCACACUCCCGUCUGAGACGGGACUCAAACGAGAGACCAACGGACCCAACUCGCCUCACCUUAACUUGCACCAACUGUCCCUCAACCACCAGACUGGCAGCGCCCUCACCCCGGCUGGCUUGGGGGCAGAUGCAUACCCCCAGCCGCAGCAACAUCAACCCGGAGGCGACCAUCACCCGGAGGAGUCUCCCAGGGAUGCGUGUCCUACAGUGGCAUACAGGCCUCCCCUUCCCGGCCACUACACUUCCAGUGGCGCUGAUGUAGAUCCCCUGGACCUUUCUCAGACUCCUUUUAGUCACAGAAAUUUUGUUCCGGCGGACACAAAACCACUGAACCUUUCCCAGAGGCUCGGGGGAGGUCCUGCCGCGUCUGUCCAGUCAUGUGUUGAAGGUUACGCUGCCUCUCAGCCACCCUCGUCCCCCCAUCACCUGCUCGUCCCCGCCCCUAUCUACCCGCCCCCGCCCACCCUGCCCUCAAUUCCCAUGCAAAGGACGAACUUACUUAGGAGGAAGUCCGAAGAUAUUGCUCACGCAGACUCAAAGAAAAACAAAACUCGAAAAAUGGCUCCUCCUCCCCUGAUACCUAUUCACGCCUCGGAGGAGGAGGGAGAGUCUACCCACCAGGCACCUCCCCCACCCCCACCCCCACCCCCACCUCCACCGCCCCAACCACAGUCAUUACACUCCACCCAACAACCACAUCAUUUUUACGCUCCACCAACAGUGUCGGUUGCUCCCCACCCUUGCCCCAACCCCCCGCACCCACACGGCCACCACCCGCCACUUCCCUACCCCCCCAUCUCGGUGGUGCACACUCCCGUCCCCACAAAGACAGUCUCCAGUAGUCAGCCCCACAUCCCAAGCAGCUGCCCUUCCAUACCUUUCCUGGGGAAGCCUUCUCCGGUACCUCUCCUCCCUCGAUCGAAGGUGGAGGACAUGGAAGUAAUCGUGGAGGAAAACAUCCCUAGGGAAAAAUUCCUCCCGUGCCCCCAGAAGAUGAAGGUGGGCGUGGGAGUACCGACGACGCCCUCGCCUUUGGACAGCAUCCGAGAAAACAUCCAGAGGUCUCUGUGGUCCCUUAUGCCGGGAGAGCAUGAAGCGGAGGCAUUCAAGAGGAAAGUGGAAACAGCGCUGGUGGCGCUGGUCGGCGAGGCGCCCAUGAAGCAGCUCGGCUACCCUGAGAAGACUGCCGAACAGGUCCUCAUCACCAUCCUGGACAUGGCGAGGAAGAGCCCGUGCGCCGACGUGCGGGUGGACGAACUGCAGCGCCUCAAGGUCAACAUGCGCAAGUUCCUUGAGUACGGCUUCCCCUCGGCCUCCAGUUGGGAGGAGCUGGGCUGGAGCGGCCGCUCCAUCGACGCCAUCAUCGACAACAUCAUCUCGUGGAUCAGCCGCAGGAAACACGGCGACCUGAGGGCGUGCGGAGGCCGGCUGCUGGAGGAGGGGGCGGCGGUGAAGAUGCUGGGCAGUGCAGGCGCCGGGGCAGGGGUGACGGGGCCUGACAGUGAAGACAUUAAGGUGAAUGGCACCCCUCUGAAGGCGUCCUAGCGGAGGCACUGAGGUCUGUUGGCACCCUCACGGGACGCAUGACGGACGGGGAGCGCCAGCAGUCCUUAGAUGGGUUGGCAUGAGUCGUGUACAAAUAUUUAUCUUAUUUAUUUGUUCAUAUGAAAUACAUGAAAGAAUUUUG